AUGCCGUCCGCUACUGUUCAAAUGAUAGACCAAAUCAUGGAGCAUGUAAUAGCUCAGGAGGCCGACAUGGAAGCGACAAACAAGGAGCUCAAGAGGGAGAACGAAAAGCUGAAGCAGGAGCUCAAGGCGCUCAAGGAGCAGUUUGAUCGAGUGAAUAUUAAUCAGUUAAAACAUUGA